GCCCCCUCGGGGAAAGCGCGCGCCGCCGCAAUAACUAGCCUCUAGCCGGCGGGGAAGGAAGAGACUGUCUGGAGCACGAGCUUCUGAAGCGGGCCAGGGCCGAGCCUACCGCUGGUUGGUGCUCGGACCACGGCGGCAGGCCCCUCCACGUGUUUUCCGCGGCGUCAUGGAACUGGAGGAGCUGGGGAUUCGGGAGGAAUGUGGCGUGUUCGGGUGUAUAGCUUCUGGAGAGUGGCCCACGCAGCUAGAUGUGCCGCAUGUGAUCACUCUGGGACUCGUGGGGCUGCAGCACCGGGGUCAGGAGAGUGCUGGUAUUGUGACCAGCGAUGGGAACUCUGUGCCCACAUUCAAAGUUCAUAAGGGAAUGGGUCUUGUAAACCAUGUUUUUACUGAAGACAAUUUGAAGAAAUUAUAUGUUUCAAAUCUUGGAAUUGGACAUACGAGGUAUGCCACUACAGGAAAGUGCGAAUUAGAAAAUUGCCAGCCGUUUGUUGUUGAAACGCUUCAUGGGAAAAUAGCUGUGGCACAUAAUGGCGAACUGGUAAAUGCAGCUCGAUUAAGGAAAAAGCUUCUGCGGCAUGGCAUUGGUCUUUCCACAAGCUCUGACAGUGAGAUGAUUACCCAGUUGCUGGCAUAUACUCCUCCUCAGGAACAAGAUGACACUCCAGAUUGGGUAGCAAGGAUUAAAAACUUAAUGAAGGAGGCACCCACAGCAUACUCUCUGCUUAUAAUGCACAGGGAUGUUAUUUAUGCAGUACGGGAUCCUUAUGGAAAUCGUCCUCUAUGCAUUGGUCGCCUUAUUCCAGUUUCUGAUAUACGUGACAAAGAGAAAAAAACUUCAGAAACUGAAGGAUGGGUGGUAUCAUCAGAAUCGUGUAGCUUUUUAUCUAUUGGUGCAAGAUACUUCCGUGAAGUGGAGCCUGGGGAAAUUGUGGAAAUAUCUAAACAAGGUGUUCAAACUCUUGAUAAGAUAACAAGAUCUGAAGGAAACCCAGUGGCUUUUUGUAUCUUUGAAUAUGUUUAUUUUGCAAGACCAGAUAGUAUAUUUGAAAACCAAAUGGUUUAUCAAGUAAGAUACAGCUGUGGUCAGCAGUUGGCUGUUGAAGCACCUGUGGAUGCAGACUUGGUUAGCACAGUUCCAGAAUCAGCUACACCUGCUGCUCUUGGGUAUGCAACAAAGUGUAAACUUCCAUAUGUGGAAGUGUUAUGUAAAAACCGGUAUGUCGGAAGAACCUUCAUUCAGCCAAACAUGAGGUUAAGACAACUUGGUGUUGCAAAAAAAUUUGGAGUGUUGUCUGACAACUUUAAAGGAAAAAGAAUUGUUCUUAUAGAUGAUUCAAUUGUGAGAGGCAAUACUAUCUCACCCAUAAUAAAAUUGUUAAAAGAAUCUGGUGCAAAAGAGGUGCACAUUCGAGUAGCUUCACCGCCAAUAAAAUAUCCAUGUUUCAUGGGAAUAAACAUUCCCACAAAAGAAGAGCUGAUAGCCAAUAAACCAGAGUUUGGACGUCUUGCAGAAUACCUUGGAGCAAACAGUGUUGUGUAUCUGUCGGUAGAAGGACUGGUUUCAUCUGUACAACAAGGGAUAAAAUUUAAGAAACAGAAAGUGAAAAAACAUGAUAUCACAAUUCAAGAAAAUGGAAAUGGUCUGGAAUGCUUUGAAAAGACUGGACACUGUACAGCUUGUCUCACUGGACAGUACCCUGUGGAACUAGAAUGGUAGCUGGUGGAACAGUUGUGCUUCAAGAUGGAAAAUUAAGAAGUGGUUACAGAUUGUCUGUUUUUUUAAUUGGUACAAAAUAAAGUAUAAUACCACAUA